AUAAUUUCGCGCCAUGCUUCAGUAUUUUUUACCCAACCAGCUGGCAAAUAAUUUCUGGACCUGGCCCCACUCUUCUAGAAUCACGUUCUCUGAAUGGAAAAGCAAAAGCUAAUCAAAUUUCGUAAUAUUUUUAGUUUGCUAAACAAAAUUGUCCUUUAAUUGAAACACGCAAGAAGCGUACUUGAAAUCAGUGCCGUGUUGAGAAGCUAGUGAGCAGAAACAAACAUGUCGUGGUUAUUGGGCAGAAAUCGUCAGCAACCGCAGCAGGAGCCGGCGGCUGGUAUGGACGGUGGAGGGGCUGAUCCGGAAGGCAGGACGGCCGGCGAGAGGUCCGGAGACUCGCAGCUGAGCCGGGCGGAGCGGAAGGCGAUGGAGGCGUACCGCUUCGACUCCUCAGCGCUGGAGCGGGCGGCGGAUGCCGCCAAGACUCUCGAGCGUUCAAAACACGCCCGGGAAGCCUUGGAGCUGUCCAAGAUGCAGGAGGCCACCCGGCAGUCCGAGUACAACACCAAGGUCAAGGAGUACGAGGCGCAUAUUGAGCAGGCCAAGGUCGAGCAGAAGCGCAUCGACCACGAGGAGCGCCGAAAGACACUCAUCGAGGAGACGAAGCAGCAGCAGCAGCGCGCCCAAUACCAGGACCAGCUUUCCCGCCAGCGCUACGAGGACCAGCUGAAGCAGCAGCAACGCGUGCAGGAUGAAAACUUGCGCAAGCAGGAGGAGAGUGUGCAGCGUCAGGAGGCAAUGCGCCGUCAGACCAUCGAGCAUGAGAUCGAGAUGAAGGAGAAGAACCGACUCAAGCUCCUGGAGCACGAGCUACGUGCCAAGGCCCGAGUGGAUCGUGAGAAUCGUGAUAUCAAUCUAGAGAAGAUCCGAACCAAGGCUCAGGAGCACCGUACCACCGUGUUGGAGGGCAUCAAAACUGCUGGCUCAGUGAUUGGCGCUGGCGCCGAGGCCAUGCUCACCGACUGGGACAAGGUGCUGACUGCUGCCGGUGGUCUCUCGCUGCUCGCUCUUGGUGUAUACUCUGCCAAGGGAGCGACUGGCGUAGUUUCCCGGUACGUGGAGGCACGCAUUGGCAAGCCAACUCUGGUGGGCGAGACCUCGCGCUUCGCCUUUCUGGACGCCCUGAAGCACCCGGUCAACUAUUUCAAGCGGUUACGCGCCAAGCCCGCCGAUGCCUUGCAGGGCGUGGUGCUGAACCCCAAGCUGGAGGAGAGAUUACGUGACAUUGCCAUUGCCACGAAGAACACGCGCAUCAACCGUGGCAUGUACAGGAACGUACUGAUGCACGGCCCACCCGGAACGGGCAAGACAAUGUUCGCCAAGAAGCUGGCUGAACACUCGGGCAUGGACUUUGCCAUCAUGACUGGCGGCGAUGUGGCACCCAUGGGCAAGGAAGGAGUAACGGCCAUCCACAAGGUGUUUGACUGGUCGCACACCACGCGGCGCGGUCUGCUGCUUUUCGUGGAUGAGGCGGACGCUUUCCUGCGCAAGCGCUCCUCGGAGAAGAUCUCGGAGGAUCUGCGUGCUGCCCUUAACGCCUUCUUGUACCGUACCUCCGAGCAGAACCCCAAGUUUAUGCUAGUGCUUGCUUCCAACACGCCCGAGCAAUUCGACUAUGCCAUCAACGAUCGUCUGGACGAAAUGGUGGAGUUCACGUUGCCGGGCCUGGAAGAACGCGAGCGCUUGCUGCGACUCUAUUUCGAUAAAUAUGUUCUGCAGCCGGCUUCAGCAGGUGCAAAGCGCUUCAAACUGGACACUUUUGACUAUGGAAAGACGUGUUCAAAGAUGGCCGCUCUGUGCGAGGGUAUGUCGGGUCGUGAAAUCUCCAAGCUGGGCGUGUCAUGGCAGGCGGCAGUCUAUGCCUCUGAGGAUGGUCUGCUCACCGAGAAGAUGGUGCUGGACAGGUGUCACUCCGCCGCUCAGCAGCACAAGCAGAAGAUGGCCUGGCUUUCGGAUCAGGAGCGCGCGGAUCACAAAUCCAUUAGUGGUGCCGCCGCCCCGCCCCUGACUUUCACUGCCAACAAGCUGUGAGGCUCUUUCGCUUGAUAUGGAGUUUAUGUUUUGAUGUAGAUGCAGCAAUCCCACGUCUGCUCACUGCCUUCGAAACGUCUUAGUUGUUUAGUCACUUAACUUUAAGUUGGUAACGCACAGGGCUUUAGCUGAAUAUCGGACAUAAAGCAACGGCCGAGAUCAACCUUGAUGUGUGCAUUUAGCAACCUGUACAGGAUUCGAUGACGGACUCCCGUGUUUGACUAUAGAUACAAUUAAGUUUUACCCACUGAACGAUUGUAUUAUAAGCUUGCAUUAACUGUCUCAAUAGUGUGUACAAUUAGAGGUGUAUAAUUUAA